AUGGCAUACAGAAGAAGACACGGAAUAUCCAGAGCUUCCACCUUCAAGGAAGAGAUUCGACAUCAUGCAGAUGAUGAAAAUGGUUCACCUACAUCUUCCUCACCCCUCGCUGUUCAGGCCAUCAAAGCCUCUGCUGCUCGUCGUGAUCCCUCUCUUCACCUUGCUUUCCCCAAAUAUGAACAUGACCAUCACAGAUCCAAGAGCUGUGAUAACAAUUACGUGGUGGCUGAUGUUUCGAAAUCCGGCGUGUGGGGCGUCCUCGCUCAGAAGGCCAAAGAAAUUCUGGAGGAGGAUAAGCCAUCCUCAAACCCACACCACGACGCCAUCUCCUCCGAAAAACUCAAAACACACUCUUUCAAUACAUUUUCUUCUCCUCUCGUACAGAGCAAAGCAUCGGGUCGAGGAUCUCCAACGAAGCCAAAGGGAAUUUCUCUGUCCAACUCAAAGUCACAACUAGCUCCUUCGACGUGGAAUCCAUGGCAACAACCAGCCCAGACAGGAGACCCUCAAGCCAUCCACGCAACACAACUCAAGGCAUCUCGCGACGUUGCAAUGGCAACAGCUGCAAAAGCAAAAUUGCUUCUGCGGGAGCUAAAAACAGUGAAAGCAGAUUUGGCUUUUUCUAAAGCACGCUGUGCUCAACUGGAAGAAGAAAACAAAAUGCUCCGCGACCGCGAGGGUAGCGAGAAAGGACAAACCGUUAUCCGUGCAGACGAUGAUUUGAUCCGGCUUCAACUAGAGACACUUCUUGCGGAGAAGGGUCGGUUAGCGAGUGAGAAUGAGGUGUAUGCUCGGGAGAAUCGUUUUCUACGGGAGAUUGUGGAGUACCAUCAGUUGAGUAUGCAGGACGUGGUGUAUCUUGAUGAAGGCAUGGAAGAAGUUGCAGAACUUUAUCCCAUAGAUACCACUUGCAUUUCUUCACCAGGAGUUCCUAGGGUAGAGUUCCCCAUGUCACCACGCUCACCCUUAAAUCCAGGCUCCCAGAAAAAAUCAAUAUUUUCUGUGUCACCACAACAGCAGCGUCAACGACAGGAAGAAGACGAAGCAGAAGAUAAUAAGAACAUUGCAUCAGAAUUAAAUGAACAUGCAGUUACAAAUUGA